ACGUGCGCGCGCAGCGUCGGUCAGCCGCUCGCGGUCGGCAGAAGUCGAAGUGAAAGGAGCGUUUAACGAUCGUUAUUUCGCGCCCCUCCCCACACCUUUCAUUGUCCCACUGCUGAUCCGUCACCUUUCUCCGCCGCCAGUUUUGUCCUCUCUCUUAAAUUUUACCUCUUUGCUGAUGAAACGAAGUAAGCAAAAGUUUUCGAUCAAGGGACGAGGGAAGCCGCGACGAUCACUAUUCCCAAAGGUGAGGUGAAGACUUCUGUCAGUUCAGACGGCUCUGCAAUGUGGGCCUCAUGCUGCAACUGGUUCUGUGUGGACAACCAGACCAUGGAUGAACCUGAACAUAAUCCUAGAAGGCAGGCAUACACUAAUGCAGGCUACAACUCUCAAUCAUCUCCAGCUGGAUUGGGACACACGUGCAGAGCUUGCGGUUCCCAAUUUGAAAAUCCACUGAGAAAGCACGUAUGUGUGGACUGUAAGAAGGAUUUCUGCACGGCCUGCUCAGUCCAACCUGAGAACAGUCCCAAAAUGUGCCACACUUGUCAGAGAUUCCGUGCCACUGACUUUGAGCGAGGAGAGCUAAUGAAACUGAAAGUGAAAGACUUGCGCGAUUACCUCCAACUACAUGAGAUUUCGAUGGAGAUGUGUAGGGAGAAGUCAGACCUGGUGGACCUAGUGCUGGGACAGCGCCCUCCGAUUGCUCUGACCCAUCACAUGCAUAUUCCUGUUUAUAGAAUGGACAAUCCUGAGCAGCAAUACUUUAUUCCAAAUGCACAUACAGAGACAACAGCUUCUACCUCACGGGAUGAUCCACCACCAUAUGGAGCAAGUAGCCCAGAACAGUCUCGGCAAGCAAACCUGUUGAAUACAGAAACGACAGAGAAUCAGAAUGAGUCUGUGCCACAAGUGGAGGAUGAGACAGAGUCCAUUGAUUCAGAGGAGAUCACGGCUCCAGGCCGGCACCGAGCCUCCCUAUCAGAUUUGACUUGUGUUGAAGAUAUCGAAGCUCUUACAGUACGUCAGCUAAAAGAAAUACUAGCACGAAAUUUUGUAGAUUACAAAGGGUGCUGCGAAAAGUGGGAGCUGAUGGAGCGAGUGACAAGGCUGUAUAAUGAACAAAAGGAUCUUCAGAAUCAGUGUGGGAAUGAAUCGUCAGGUAUCGAUGACAAUCUCUGUAAAAUAUGCAUGGACUCUCCAAUUGACUGUGUGCUGUUGGAGUGUGGCCAUAUGGUCACGUGUACUAAGUGUGGGAAACGCAUGAGUGAAUGCCCCAUUUGCAGGCAGUUUGUUAUCCGAGCUGUACAUGUCUUCAAGUCUUGAAUAAUUGCAACUACUGUGAAACCAUAUCAGAUCAAUUGGAGAUGGACAUUUUCACAACCCAGACUCAGGCUGCUGAUCUAAACAUAUCUGGCUGCUGUUACUGCUAGUACGUCAGUUAAUGCAUUUUGACUUCACUGAAUGAAAACACUAUUUAAUCAUGUAGAAAAUAUUUAUCAUAAAAUAUAUAUCAUUUACCUUCGAUAGGUUGAAAGGGUGUCUAUAUAACUGUAACUUCACCCAUUCUUGAAAGGUAGGAAUGAAUGAAAGAAAUGUAAUUGGAAAGAGAAGUACAAGAAAAAGCCAAAAAUAAAGAAGUUAGGCAAGAAUCACUGAUCCAUGGAGUGCCAUAAGAUCAGGUAUGGUUGAGCUGUUUUAGCAUUUGAGUAAUGUUGGAAAUUGGGGGUGUAUUGACAGAAUGCAAGAGCAGGUAGAGGCAGCAGAGAGAAAGGGAAAUGAUUAAAUAUAACAUAGCUUCUGUUUAGGUUAUUUGGUACAUUUUGAAAGGAUAUGUACUAAUAUUUUGAUCAAAAUUUAUCAGAAUGGCUGUAGGCACCUUAGAAUUAAUGCAAUUUGUUCGAUCUUGUAAUUCCUUCUGAUGGGUUGGUCAUUAAAUUAUGUAGUGGAAACUUAAAUGAGAAAUUAUAAUAGAAGAAAUUGAGCAGCACUAAAAUAAGCAAGUAUUGGUAUGUCGUCAUGCUAAUUGUCAAAACGCAAGUGGAACAGAUGAAGAUCUUUCAAUGCCAGCUGAAACUUGGCUCUGUUACCUGUUUGUUUAGUUUAAUAUUUAUACCUAAAACCAGUGAAUAUAUUGAAAUAUAUUAUUACAAUGUAGAAAUGAGAAGUAUUUUUCAAAUGCAUUUGAUUGCUAUAGGAGAUAACCUUGCCCAGCAGUUAAAUGUACAUUGGGUUGAUAAAAUGCACCAUCUUCAUUGUGUUGUACCCCAAACCUUCAAAUUAAACUUGAAUCCAUGUAAUUUGUACAGUUCUGUGCUAUCUGAAUUUUCCUAUGCUUCAUAGAUCGAAUGUAUAUAUUUAAAAAUCAGUACAUGUGCACAAUUUAAAAAGUAAACACAAGGUUAUUAUUUAAAUCCAACCUAUUGAUCUUUAACUUUGCAUUGAUGCCUACAGUGCAAUAAUGGCAUGUAAAUGUUUACAAGAUUAUAAAACAGGUUAAAGUUCAAACAAUGUAACAUUGUGCAUCCUGUUAAAAUGUUAAUUGGUUUCUGCCUGCUGACCAUCCAAAUUGAGCGGUUGGUCCCAGUGCCCUCGUACUUUAUCAAACCUGUUUUGUUUCUUUGUAGGUGCUGAUUUUCAAUUUUUGACAGUACCAUCAUUGUCUGAUCUUGUACCAAUAUUUUACCCUGUAAAAUUUCAUUUCUCAUUUUCUUCUCCUUGCCCUCAAAACCAAACAAAAACCGUGAUACCAAAUUAACUUUUCAUGAAGUGGCUUUUAUUAAGGAACAUGCAAAUCUGUUGUGCCUUGAAGUUGUCUAACCUGUAUAGUGCUUUACUUGCCAAUUAAGUUUUCAAUAUGCAAACAUUUUGGUAUAUUAAUAUUUGGAUUCUAAUCAAUUUGAUUUUAAUCAAUCUGUCAAUUGUUUAGCCUGUUUAUUAUACUGUACCUGUGGUUAUUCUAAUAAUGGAGAAUUGCCACUUUUGUCUAUUUGCAGAGACAUGUUUACAAUUUCCCACUUUUUCUCAGGAUCGAAAGCUGUUUCCUGCCACAAUGAUCUUAAACUACAUUUUUCCCAUUUUAAUCCUCUGCUCUAUCACAGGGUUUAUGUCAACUUGUAAGCUAGCUGUGCACAUAUUUGAAAUGGUGCUGCUUGUAUCUUUAAAGUAAUAAUUCAUGUGGGAAGUAUGUCAACCAAUGUCUUAGUUAUUGCGUUUACAUUAAUGCAAAUAUUUGAGAAGCCUUGAUGUUUCUGGAUCAGAAUGAUGUAAAAUGUGAUUUAUGAAUUACACCUCAAUGUACUUGGUCCUUUCAUCCUGUAAACUUCUAAACCCUGGAUAAAGGUUUAUUAGCACCAACCACUGUUCCACAUAUUCCUGAAGUAGAUGAGCAAAUAACAGAUCUCCAUUGGAGUCCAAGAAAAGCCCUGUCAAGAGCUUUAUACAUGGAUCUCCUCGUGUUAUGCAGAUAUUAAAAAAACAUAUCACUCUUUCACUCAUCCAUAUUGGCAGGAGUGGCUUAGUUUCAUGGGAAGAAAUAAAUCAACAAAGUAAUGCCCUAGUUCAUAAAUGCCACCUUGAACUUGCCUGAAAUCAGGAAAUAUUGUACAGUUUCACACUUUGUUUUAGUUUUUUUCCCUGUCCACAACACAUCAAGUGAAUGCCACUUAAGUGUGUGGAUGUAUGGUGUGCAUAACCUGAAGGGCAGGAAUUUGCUGAUUUGAGUAAAGCUCUUCACAGAUUGCCCUUUCUGUAUGUAUGCAUACAAACCAACACUUUCCUUCCUCUCCUAUAUCUUGUUGUAACGUAAAUGGCACUGUGGAGAGGUUAAAUUGAGAUGGUGGUGCUGGGUGUAUUAAACACAGUAGAUUGCAUGCGAAGAUUUCAUUGAGAUAAUGAAGGAAUGGGAGCAAGAGGGAUAAAUUUCUUCAACCCCCUUUGUCCUGCUCUUUCACUGUAACGAGCCAUUUAUAAAUGUAAACCUGGGAACCUCUCACCUUUUGCCUAAGCUAUACUGGGUGGAAGCCUCAAGGAUAUUAGGCUUCAUCUUAUUUAAGUAUCUUGCAAUCAAACUAAAACAAGUAAAAUAAUGAAUGUAAAGGCUAGAUUUUUUGGCGGGGGGAGGGGGUGGUGAAAAGCUUUCCUACAGUUCAGAGGUUUCUACAACCUGAAUGAACUGCCGUGUUUACAGCUUCACCAGGUGUUCUAUUUAGUGUCUACUAGCAUUUUUGUGUGGAUUUUCUAAGCCCUUUUCUUAAAAACAAACUGCUAAUGCAAUAUUUUGCUGUCUCACGGCAAAUUGGCUUCUGCAUAAAGCACAGUGAUAUGGACAAUCUACUGAAAGUUCAAGUCCACUAUUGUCUUUGAGAUUUUCUAUUAUAUUAAUCUCUAACUGGAAGUAGCAAGCAAAAAACACAUUCUUUUUACAAAAACAGACCACUGCAGAUGUUGGAAAUCUGAAAUAAAACCGUGAAUGUUGGAGAAACUUGGCAGAUCUUGCAGCAUCGGUGGAGAGAGAAACAGAGUCAAUGUUUUAAGUCCAAUGUAACUUCAUUGAAACUCAUUCCAAUGCAUUUUUACUUUUUUUCCUCUUACGUGGACAUUCAGCUUGAGUGUUCCUGCACUGGGAUCUUUAUCACACUUUAGUUUCUCUGAUGAUUUGCAAAUCUGCACAUAAUUGUAGAAGAAUUAGAUUUGAGAAAUAAGUAUCUUUAUAGCCAAAUUAAUUUACCCUUUUCCUUCCAACUCCGUGCGUGCUGUGUUUCUGUAUCAGUUUUCUCUUGAUACUGUUAUUUGACUGUGGUAGUUUACAGACCUCAUAAAGUGGCAGACUGUUUGUGAGAUUUGGCUGAUUAUUCCCAGUACAAAACUAACAGUCCAAAAGUAAAAGCAACAAAAAUCACAAUGUUGUCUGAAGUGCCUUAGAUAUUGCUUUAAAUCUUUUUGAUGUGGAGUUGUCGGUGUUGGACUGGAUGGACAAAGUCUAUACUUGUUCCCAUUUUAAAGAAGUCAGAGCCAGCUUUCUUUUGACCAAAAGUCUCCCAGAACAUGUUCAAAGUAUUUUAUACAUAAAAUGAGGCAAUUUUUCAUACAUUUUGUACCACCCCAUUAUUGAGUAUUGGAGUUUGGGGCUGGAUAAUCUCAGGAUUUUUAUUUGAACUAUUGUGAGAACCAGAAAUAUUGAGAUAAAUACCUUCAUUUCUAACCAUUUAUUACUUGAAUUGAGUAAAAUGUAUGAUAAAUGAGGGAAGAUUUUAGCAAAAGGCUAAUGUUGCUAUAUAUGACUUUUAGCUGAGAAAACGAGAGCUGUUAUCACUUGUUUUUACGACAUUACUAUGAAGUAUGCUUGUGAUGGACAUGCCCAAUGCUCAAUCAACAGUGAAAUGGAAAUGAAUGGGUUCUAGUUUGAGUUGAAAAAUGUGAUGCUGGAAAAACACAGCAGGCCAGGCAGCAUCCGAGGAGCAGGAGAAUCGACGUUUCGGGCAUAAGCCCUUCUUCAGGAAUGAGUAGUAGUUUGAGUUAACCUGUUACAUUAGAGGGAAAUUAUACAUGGGCUGCAAUUGAUUUUGUGACAUGAAGAGGUAAUCAGUAGUCAAACCACAUAUCUUUGGAAACCAAUUUCAUAAUGUUAUUUUUUUCAUCAGAAAUUAAUACUCCAAGUAGUUUAAUAUCAAAAUACUUUAAAUGCCUUGUGUUUGAAAAAUAACUAAAAUCAAUGUAUUAUCAGGAAGGCUGCAUUUGAAACAGAUGGAAUGGACAUGUUAAACCUAAGUCUAUAGAAUAACUUGUUUAUUGCGCAAUUAAAAUCAACUAGCACUAGAAAUGAAACCACCUGUGAACUAUACUUUCUACUUGUAUUUCACGUUAGUAUUUUCUACAUCAAAAGAAAGGAGUAUGAAUUUAAUUAACAGAAUUAAUUUAUUGGAAAUGGCAAUCUAAAUUGAACCCUUUGAGAAAGCUUUAUUAAUUUACCAUAUUAUAUUAUCCAUUUGUCUUCCAAACUUUCAAAAUCCACUCUAAGUUUAGCUUAUUUUAAGCUUGUCAUUUUUCAACUGCUCUCCUAACUAGUUACACGUUUUAAAUCCUGUCUCUACUUUUCAAAAUUAAGAUUUAUCUUAAAAACAAGAUUAAUUAACAGGAUUUAACAAUGUAAUUUUAAUUUGAAAGUUGGUGUGGGUAAAUGAAAGGUGAAGAAACCCAAGGAUGUAAAUCCAGUUUCUGACCAGACUAAGGAUAGUAUCUGAAAGAAACUGUCAAACAAAUGCUUUCUCCUCACUUCAUUUUGGAAGGAAACAAAAAAUGUUUUGUUGCAAAUGUACUUUCAUGGGAAGUACAUAUUUCUAAUUGAAUGUAUAAUUUCAAAACGUUAACGCAUUGAAAGAUUUUUGUUUUCAUUAAGUAUUAUUUUCAAUGAGUCUUGAAUAUAAUAGCAUUGAAUGCAGUUUUUAUUUUGUAGUGCAACUGACUGUGUCAGGAGCAGAAUUAAGAACAAGGCAUAAAUGCUUCAGAACUUGUCAUAUGAUAGCUUUUAUGAAAUUUGUUUUCACUUUGUGGUGUUUUUUUUUCUCCUGCUUUGGGAAAGAAGUGAAUGGUUCUGCAGAGACUUGGGUAGACUAAAUGACAACACAAUAAAUGAGGAUCUAACUGGUCCGUUCCAUGCACAUGGUCUGAUAAUGUUUGUAAUCUAUCAUUUCUCUACACUGGAAAAUAUUGUCUGUUCAGAAUAAGUAGAAAUUUUCUAUUGGUUAUAUGGAAAAUUCCUGGAAUCAGCUCCCUAGCUAAUUUUAAAGCUUGUGUAAACUUCCUUGUA